AUGACCAACCUGGAGAAGCUGCCCGUGACAAUCAUUGACCUGCUCUCAAACACCAUUAUCCUACGGCAGACGGCGCCAUAUAUUCCUGUCAAGGAGCUCCACCGUCUUGCGGCAACGAGCAAGUCACUGCGGGAUAUUAUCCACAACCAAUCUGAAGCGUGGCACUAUCUGAACCUCACGCCUGUGAAGCGAGCAAUCAUCGAUUCUACACCAAUCGAUGUCGGUGGCUUCGCGUGGCGAGCUGAGCGAAUGGAUGAAAGCCUUACCGAGGAUGACUUCUACGCCGGACCAUUGCGUGGUAUAUUUGGAAACCUGCACUCAAAACGGAUCCUCCAAUAUGUCCAGACACUGGUGCUUGACGGACUGAGCGUACCUGCGGACUUGGUUAGGGAGAUCGUCGCAGAGGACCGAUAUCGUGUGAAAGUGCUGUCUUUGAGACAGCCGACACACUUGAACAUGUCGAAACUGCAACAGGUGCUGAGAUAUGUCUGUCGACCUACACGUGCAGAAGGCACGCCUAUUCUCAAAGCUCUGUAUGUGUUCGGUCCCAAGGAUGCACCGCGGUCGUUCACCACAGCUCUAGAGGCGCCACCAAAUGUUCGCGAGCUGGGAGUCAUGAGCUCAUCGGGAGCGCAAAUUGGUGCCGAGUGGAACCAGCGGUCUUCCAACAGCCUUGCUUCGAACCUUCUUGAUGAAGAGAGCAAGUGGUAUGGAAGCACUGGUCGAGCCAUCAAAAGACCGUUGAGCUCCUGGCCGGAGACUUUGGCAGUGUGCAAGGGCUUGAUCAACUUCGAUGCUGUACUGUGUAGAGGGCCACGGCACGAUAUCACCAAAGUGGACAGCAAAGAUUUCUUGCAGCCGACUAUCGCGAAUGUAGCACUUGGGAGCUCAGGCUGCGAAACGUGCGGCUCAUGUCCAGAAGGGCCUGCAAUAUUUGGCCAAAGCCCAGACUCAGCAAUGCCCCUACUCGGUCCUGUCCCCUCACACUCCUCAUCCCUCCGAGCGACGAUCCGACCAGAGCAGCGUCCGGAUGGGAGCUUUCCAAAACUCAUACUUCGAUGCGAAGAUUGCCUUCGCGGCCGUUGGUGCGAGCAAUGCAAUCGGUGGUGGUGUGAAGACUGCUACCAAGAACCCGUCUCUCGAGCCCACCACACGAGGACCGAGAUGCAACAACUCGAGCUACGAGACGAGUUACAACGUAAUGGCUGGGCGAGCGUCGAGCGCGGUGUGGCAAGUACUCCGGUAAAGGUAUUUUCCAAACUUUGUGUUGAACACUGCCUUGUUGGCGAGAUGAUGGCCGGCGCUGGAAGCAAUGGCAUGUGGGGAUGA